AUGUCUCUGUUCACUGCCCCUCCAAAGCCGGCGACCCCGCUGGGUUGGCAUCGGGUGCUCUCACCAACAGCGGCUGUUAAGAUGGAGACCCGAGGAAAUGGCGACCAAAUGGUUAUCGCAACUAAGUACUCAGCUCCAUAUCGUGUGUACAACCGGGACGCCGAGCCGAUACAGAGCAACUUGGCUGGCAACUCGGCCAAGAGCAUGCACAUCUCCGUGAGAGACAGUCUGAAGAAGCUAAGGACUACCUACAUUGACAUACUCAAUGUCCACUGGUGGGAGCUUGCCGCCUCGGUCGAAGAGGUAUUUUAUCUUGGAGUCUCUGAUACCCCAGCAUGGGUGGUUAUGAAGGCCAGUGACUUUGCUCGUCGUAAUGGGCUUACGCCUUUUUCCGUAUAUCAAGGCCGGUGGUGUGCCUCACGCAGAGAUGUGGAAUCGGAGAUUAUCCCCAUAUGCGAGGGCCAGGGCAUGGCCUUUAUGUCGUGGGGAUCGCUGGGAGGCGGCCUACUUGCUACCGCAGCGGAGCGAGAAAAGAUAGAAACAGAUAUGGACGCCCCCAAAGCUCCUUAUGGAUUCGACCAGGGCGAUGCUGCGCUUGCAAGCCGUCGUGCUACCCCACUUCUGAAAACAGACCCCCCUGCCCCGUCGACAUCGACACAGGCAUUGGCAUAUCUCUUGCAUCAAAGCACCUACGUCAUCCCAAUUGUGGGUGUGCAAACUGUAGAGUAUGUCAAAGCGAUGCCAGAUGCAUUGCGCGUCGGACUCUCUACGGAGGAAAUCGAUGCCAUCCAGAAUGCCGCGCACUUUAGUCCUCUCUUCCCGAACCACUACUAUUUCCACUACGAGAAUAGGAGAGGAUAUAAUCUUCGUCUGACAGGAGCGGGUCAGAAAAACUAUCGAUCAGGUGCAUGGAUCGAUACUCCUCUAAAAUAG